AUGUAUAGCAGUUCUGUUAUGCACUUCAAGCACAGGUUGGAUGGACAGUGGCCCGAUGGUUUAUUGGCUUCAGACAAUACUCUUCAUUUUGUCCAUCCACUGACUGUCAAUUAUUCUGGCGUUUAUGUCUGUAAAGUGACAAAUUCCCUUGGUCAAAGAAGUGAUCAAAAGGUCAUCUACAUUUCAGAUCCUCCUACUACCACCACCCUUCAGCCUACAGUUCAGUGGCAUUCCUCAACUGCUGACGUCAAGGAUCUAGCAACAGAACAUAAAAAAUUGCCCUUUCCAUUGUCAACUUUGGCAACACUUAAGGAUGACACAAUUGGCACCAUCAUUGCUAGUGUAGUGGGUGGGGCUCUCUUCGUAGUACUUGUGAGCAUUUUGGCUGGAAUAUUCUGCUAUAGGCGACGACGGACGUUUCGUGGAGACUACUUUGCCAAAAACUACAUUCCACCAUCAGACAUGCAAAAAGAAUCGCAAAUCGAUGUUCUUCAACAGGAUGAGCUUGAUUCUUACCCAGACAGUGUAAAAAAGGAAAACAAAAACCCAGUGAACAACCUGAUACGUAAAGACUACUUAGAAGAGCCUGAGAAAACUCAGUGGAAUAAUGUAGAGAACCUCACUAGGUUUGAAAGACCAAUGGAUUAUUACGAAGAUCUAAAAAUGGGAAUGAAGUUCAUGAGUGAUGAACGCUAUAAUGAAAACGAAGAUGAUUUAGUUUCCCAUGUAGAUGGUUCCGUAAUUUCCAGGAGGGAGUGGUAUGUCUAACAGCCACCAAUGUGACUUCACUAUGUACAAUGUUUCAUUCAUACUAGUUGAUCAUUUCCAGAUUGUUCAUACUUUUUCUUGAGGAAGAAUAAGCUUUUUCAAGUUGAUUUCGAGCUUACUUUUUAUAUUCUGAUCUGACAAAUGAAAAUGUAAAACCUGGGUUCAAUGUAUCUGAGCUGCUUUACAGUUUUUUUCACUGCUAUACUACUGUCUCAAGAUUUAAAUUCUAAUGCAGAGUACUUUAUUGGUCUGAGGCACACAGGUAAGAAAGAUGUCAACAUUAAAUGUAUGAAGUUUUUGGUACAAAAAUUAAAAACAGAAAAAAAAUGAAACUACCUUGGCAUUGUGUAUUAAAUAUUUACCUAAGACUAUAAUCUCAAGUAUAAUGAUUGUGUAACGUAUACCUCUCAAAAUUUAUCAUCACUAAGAAUACUCCAUCAAAAUUGACAGUAAAAGUCAUUCAAGAAAUGCUUAUAUAUUUUUAGUAUACUAAAAUCAUUCAUCCUGGUGGAGUAUCUUUUCAUCUUCAAACAUUAUUUUCUAAGUUUCUAUAUAGAUAGGAUCUUUACCUCUGCAUUUAAAUGAGCCUUGCCAUAAUUACUGUAGAGUGGCUUUUCAAAGAUAUUUUGUUGCACUAAAACUGUGGCCAUAAACUCAGUGAAUAUGAUGUGUGGAAGAGCAUAAGGAGCUGUUCAAUAUUUUUGUCCAAAAUACAUGCAAGAGUAAUAAAACAUAUGCCUCUUGACACAGUCAUUACUAAUGUUCUCAUCUCUGGAAGAAAGUUCUUUAGUCGUUUUGUGAACAUGGUUUUGGUACGCGAAGCAUUGACCUUAUUUUAGUGCUUCAUUUGCUAAGCGUAUGAAUCGUGAUACAAACGUGGUACAGGACAGAGAGGGUAUUUGAGUCUGUUUGUGUACCCGAGUUAGACGUGAGCUGUUCCAGCCAGGAACCUAUACAAAGAGUUUUCUAGGUCUUCUUGUUUUAGUUAUUUAAUGUUAGUAUUGUUCAAACGGGUAUGUGUACAAAACAAUAUUACAAUAAACUUUGAAACUUGAGGUUUCAUUAGAGAAA